GAAUUUUGGGAACAGAACUGUGGAAAUUGCAUGAUUAGCUACCCCUGUACGCUUCCUAGUUAAGUAGACAAUUCUAACUAAUUUGAUUUGAUCUCAAUCGUAAGCAAAAGGAGAAUAAGAUCAAAGACCAUCAUCAUUACUGGCUCUGUAAAACACAUGCCGCCUACGGCCACCUCCUUGUUGUAUUCAUUUUUACUUUGCUCAUCUUUUUUAUUUUGCGCCGCAAGAGACACCAUAAAUUUUAGCAGAUUGGUAAGCGAUGAUCAAGAAGAUAAUCUUAUUUCAGCAGGAAAAAGAUUUGAGCUCGGGUUUUUUACUCCUAGUGAAACCUCUGACACUAGAAGAUAUGUUGGAAUAUGGUACCACGGUUCGAAUCCUCGAACUGUUGUGUGGGUUGCCAAUCGAGACAACCCGCUUUCAGGCGAUGAUGGUGUUUUCGCCAUUGCAGAAGAUGGAAAUCUCAUGGUGUUGGAUGGAAGUGGGAAACCUUACUGGUCGACAAACCUCCAAAAUUCAUCGUCUAUGUACCGAACAGCAAAGCUAAUGGAUACUGGGAACCUGGUUGUGAGCCAUGAAGAACAAGAAAAUCACUUGGAGAUUCUCUGGCAGAGUUUUGACUACCCAGGCGAUACAUUUCUCCCAGGGAUGAAAAUGGAUGAGGAUUUAAUAUUGAAUUCAUGGAAAAGUUCUGAUGAUCCAGCACCUGGGAACUUCACUUUCCGGCAAGAUCAAGAAGGAGAGAACCAGUUCAUCAUCUGGAAAAGAUCGUUAAGGUACUGGAAAAGUGGAGUUUCAGGGAAGAUCAUUAGUUCUGAUGAGAUGCCCACUGCUAUAUUUUUCUUGUUAUCGAACUUUACCUCGGUCCACAAUGAUUCUGUGCCACAUCUCACAUCGUCAUUAUACAGUGAUACGAGGCUGGUAAUGACAUUCUCGGGCCAAAUUCAGUAUUUGAAAUGGGAUACAGAGAAGAUUUGGUCAUCGGUUUGGUCAGAACCAAGGGACAGAUGCAGUCUUUAUAAUCCCUGUGGAAAUUUUGCUAGCUGUAACAGUAAGAACGACAUUAUGUGCAAGUGUUUGCCUGGUUUCAAACCCAGCUUGCCGGAGAAAUGGAGCAGUGGAGACUUUUCAGGAGGCUGCACAAGAAAGUCGAUAUUAUGCGGCAAAAAUACUCAGAGUGAUACAUUCUUGAGUUUGAAGACGAUGAAAGUUGGAAACCCAGACUCUCAAUUUAAUGCCAAGAAUGAAUUGGCAUGCAAACUAGAGUGUCUUAAUACCUGCCAGUGCCAGGCUUAUUUGUAUGAAGUAGCUGAGAUUACUCGACGGGGUGGGACUGGCAGUUCUGCAUGCUGGAUUUGGUCGGAGGAUCUCAACAAUCUUCAGGAGGAGCAUGACGGUGGCCGUAACAUUUAUGUACGCAUAGCAAUUUCUGAUAUAGAAUCAACAAGACGAAAUUGUGAGACUUGUGGCACAUAUAUGAUUCCCUAUCCCCUUAGCACAGGACCAAAAUGUGGUGAUCCAAUGUACUUUAAUUUUCACUGUAACAUCUCCACAGGCCAGGUCAACUUUGAGGCACCGGGUAGAAACUACCGAGUAACGGCCAUCUAUCCAGAAACCCAAAAGUUUAUCAUCCAAAUAAACGGUGCAGACAACUGUGGCAAUAAGAACGCACAAGACAAAGCACUACAACUCAACGAGUCAUUACCGUUCAAUGUGAUCAGCUGGUGCAACACCAAGCCAGCCAACUAUAGUUCUGACUUGUCAUUUGAAGCUGAAGAUGAAGUUGAGAUUGGCUGGGAUCCACCAACAGAGCCAACUUGUUCUUCACCUGCAGACUGCAAGGACUGGCCAAAUUCAACUUGCAAUGCAACUAGAAAUGGGAAGAGAAGUUGCCUUUGCAAUGCAAACUUUAUAUGGGAUAGCUUGAGCUUGAAUUGCACUCAAGGUGGUGAUAGCAAGGAAACAGAUGGACGUUCAAGAGGAAAGAUGUCCUUGUUUGUGAUUGUUGUGAUUGUUUUUACAACUGUAUUUUUCCUAAUUACUCUCUCCAGUACUAUUCUUUAUAUCUAUUUUUGGAGAAGAAGGAUGACUAAUACACAAGUUUUCUACUUGACAUCAGAAAACAGGGAAGCUCCUCAGAAAAGUCCAGUGUUUCACUUGUAUGACAACGAAAGACGUGUCAAGGAUUUGAUUGAAUCAGGCAGGUUCAAAGAAAAUGAUGCAAAGGCCAUAGAUGUACCGUUUUUCGAUUUGGAAAGCAUACUAGCUGCUACAGAUAACUUCUCAAAUGCAAACAAGCUUGGCCAAGGGGGCUUUGGUCCUGUUUACAGGGGAAAAUUUCCAGGAGGACAAGAAAUUGCUGUAAAGAGGCUCUCGAGUGGUUCUGGGCAAGGUCUAGAAGAAUUUAAGAACGAGGUCGUGUUGAUUGCCAAACUCCAACAUCGGAAUCUGGUUAGACUUUUGGGCUAUUGUGUCAAAGGAGAUGAAAAGAUGUUACUCUAUGAAUAUAUGCCCAACAAAAGCUUAGACUCCUUCAUAUUUGAUCGAAAGCUAUGUGUGUUGUUGAACUGGGAAAUGCGGUUCAAUAUCAUUCUGGGAAUUGCUCGAGGGCUUCUAUAUCUUCAUCAAGAUUCUAGGUUGAGGAUCAUUCAUAGGGAUUUGAAAACCAGCAACAUUCUACUAGAUGAGGAAAUGAACCCCAAAAUCUCUGACUUUGGCCUGGCAAGGAUUUUCGGAGCCAAAGAAACUGCAGCAAACACGAACAGGGUGGUCGGAACAUAUGGCUAUAUGUCCCCAGAGUAUGCAUUAGAUGGGCUUUUCUCUGUCAAGUCUGAUGUUUUUAGCUUCGGUGUAGUUGUGCUUGAGAUUAUUGGUGGAAAAAGAAACACAGGAUUUUUCCAACCUGAACAAGCUUUGAGCCUUCUAGGUUAUGCAUGGCAUUUGUGGAAAGUAGACAAGGCUCUGGAUUUAAUUGACCAGACACUCCUUGAAAGCUGCAAUGCAAAUGAAUAUUUGAAGUGCCUAAAUGUUGGGCUCUUAUGCGUGCAAGAAGAUCCAGAUGAUCGUCCAACCAUGUCUAAUGUAGUUUUCAUGCUUGGCAGUGAGGCUGCAACUCUUCCAAACCCUAAACAACCAGCUUUUGUUGUUAGGCGAUGUCCUUCUAGCAGAGCUUCUUCUUCUAGUAAACCUGAAACGUGCUCUUAUAAUGGGUUAACAGUCACUAUAGAGGAUGGGCGAUAGCGCUGCAUGGAGAUUUGAAUGAGUAGUCUUGUACUUGUCCUGAUCACCAACGUUGUGAAGUUUUGAAGGCAUUAACCUCAAAUUUUAGCAGCUAGCUGUCCCCACACUUCCUCUGAGUUACUGAUAAUGUUAUGCUGGAUGUAGCUCUCUUUCUGGGUGAAUAUUGCCGGGAAUUCACCCUUUUAUUUUAUUUGGAAUUUACGCAUCUUCAUUCAAUGACUGUUAGGCAGA